AUGGAAAGAGGGAGGAAUUGGUACAGUCACAAGCCUGAGGGGAUAACUGAAACAGUUGAAGUAAAGAUUUUGGACAUCAUGAUUCAGUGUGAUAGAAUGGUUGAACAUUGCAAGCCAGAUAUUGUAGUUGUUAUGAAAAGGGAGAAGAGGUGUAUGAUUGUAGAUGUGGCAGUUCCAGGUAAUACUCGAGUUGAAGGAAAGGAAGAUGAAAAAGUUGAGAAAUAUCAGGAAUUGAGACAGGAAAUUGUGAAGCUAUGGGGGAUGAAGAAGGUGGAAGUAAUAGCAAUUGUAGUUGGAGUGCUGGAGGCAGUAUCAUACAGGAUCAAUGACUGGUUAAAGAGGUUGGACAUUAACAUCAAAGUAGAGCACAUACAGAAGACUGUGUUAUUGGGAUCUGCACAAAUUCUGAGGAGACAUUUAAAUAUGUAA